AUGACUUCCAGCGACUUGAAGUCGCAGCAUGAUCAUCUCGAUGAUAAAGCCAGCACACAGGAGUCUGGCGAGAUGUUCACACCUAAGGAAGCCUCCGCAAUAAGGCGUCGGAUAGACCUGAGACUCAUCCCUGCACUCGGUCUCAUGUACGGAAUUUCCCUUAUGGACCGAAAGAACGUCUCCAAUGCCGCGAUUGCGGGAAUGCUGGUGGACCUCAAGUUGCAGAAAGGGUAUGGAUACAGUUUGAUCACCCUCAGCUUUUUUAUCACAUACAUCUUGUUCCAGCCCGUCAUGACGAUUGCGUGUCGCAAAAUCGGUCCCCGUCUCUUUUUGCCGGGUAUCUGUCUUUUGUGGGGGAGUGUUAUAAUCGGAUUUGGCUGGAUCUCUAAAUGGACUGGUAUGGUCGGCUUGCGACUGGUUCUCGGAAUUCUCGAGGCGGGAUACUUUCCGGGAUGUGUCUACCUCCUUUCUACAUGGUUCACUAAAUUUGAGGUGGCGCGACGAUAUUCGGUCUUUUAUGUGAUUGGGACUUUCUCAAGUGCGAUGUCUGGAAUCCUCGCAUUCGGACUUAUGCAGAUGGAGGGAGUGCAGGGUAUUCGGGGUUGGCGUUGGAUUUUUAUUAUGGAGGGAGUGAUUACAAUCGGAAUAGCCAUUUUUGCCUACAUAUUUAUUGUCCGCUUCCCCGACGAAGAGCUGACAAAGCCUUCAUUCCGCUUCCUCAAGCCAGAUGAAUGUCAAUUCAUCGUUGAUCGCCUGGAAAAGGACCGCGGAGAUGUGGCAAUGGAGCCAUUCAAUCUCCUCAAGUUUUUGAAACCUGCUCUUGAGUUGCACAUUUGGGGAUUCGCUUUCUUGUUCUUCUGCCUCACGACUGUCACCUACUCAUUUGCAUUUUUCCUCCCCAUCAUCCUGAAGGAUAACCUCGGAUUUUCCAUGGCGGCUUCGCAAUGCCUGGUUGCACCACCAUACGCCUUCGCAGGGAUAUUGAUGUUUUCGACGGCCUGGUUUGCAGACCGUCUUAAAGUUCGGUUUCCUUUCAUUAUUUUGAACAGUGUGAUAACAAUUGUUGGCCUGCCGAUUAUGGGGUUUCACUCGAAUUCUGCUGUGAGAUAUUUUGGCGCGUUCCUCGGCGUAGCUGGAGCGAAUGCCAAUGUUCCUUUGGUCAUGGCAUACCAGGCAAACAAUAUCAAAGGUCAAUGGAAACGCGCUUUCUGUUCUGCAACACUGACUGGAUUUGGAGGAAUUGGAGGAAUAGCAGGAAGUCUUAUUUUUCGCUCGCAAGAUAAACCAAGCUAUAUCCCUGGUAUUUCCGCCUGCAUAGCCACUUCCUGUGUCAUCGUCAUCACCGUCCUCAUCAUGACCGCAUAUUUUAAGUGGGCGAACGACAAAGCCGAUAGAGGCGAGAAAGUUAUCGAUGGCAGUCCCGAAUUUAGGUACACCCUCUAA